UAAUGGGCUCUAAACCUACAAUUCCUGAAUCAGUUAAACAAAUGAGUACAAAGAAAGAUGCUGAAUUUUCAGUUCACAUUGUCUAUUGCAGUGGAUGAGGAUAUGGUUAAUUUUACAAUUUCUUUGUUGAAUGUUUAUAAGUGAUCUAUCCUAAUGGCAAGGUUACAGGUGAACAGACUCCAAAUGUAAAAUAUUAAUAUAUUGUAUUAGGUUUCUGGAUAUUUUGAAAUAGAAGUAACUAAAGAUGGUAAAAAAUAAGUAAUUCAUUCAAAAAAGAAUGGAGAUGGCAUCUUUAAUGAAAAAUCAUGUUAACCAAUAUUGGAUAAAUUAAAGAAUUAUGUUGAGGCUUGAA